ACUUCUAUGAAUUUUGUGUUUCUAUUUCCUCUGUGUAGGCAUUCCAGAAGUACUUGUGUUUUUGUCUUUAAGUACUUCUGUGAUUUUCUCUUUCAUUUUCUGUCUAGUGUAGAUAGAUUUAUUGUUGUGCCGCCGUGUUUGAAUAAAGAUUGUGCAACUAUUCAACUAAUUAACAUUUGUCAUGCAGUAGAUAUCCAUUUAUUUAUUGUAUUUUUUUUGCUGAUUUUCAAACCAUUCAGUUGAAAUGAUAGAGUACUUCACAUUAAAGACCGUUAAAUUAGAAAUAGAAUAAUCCUCUCGAAGCUGUAAAAAUCUUACAAUAAAGUAUUCAGUUCUAACUCUAAUUGGAAACUUAACAUUUACAGAAAUCUAAAAAUCAUUGUUAAAAAUAUCUGAAAAUGACAUUGCUUUCUGCACAAUUUGAUUGACCCCAUGUUGGUUGGUCUACCUUUUUUUUUUUACAUACCUCGUAGCCUUCAGUGUAAAAUGUUUUCUAAUUUAGAAUGUUCAUUAUCCAGAUUUGGUCAUCUUAAAAAGUAUGGAUCCGGAUCAGACUGAUUUAGAAGUGAGGGCUGUCAUGUUCUAGCGUUUGGUCGUCGACCAGAAAGAAGUCUUGGCAUCAAUUGCCUGCUGGUCUUCUUCAUCCAUUGCCCAUCACAUUCCGCCCUUGGUCCCACAUUGCACUGGACUUUGCCACCAGUCUUCUAUCAUCACAGGCCAACUUGGUCAUCCUUAGUUUGGUGGACCGAUUCUUGAAGAUGGCCAAUUUCAUUCCUUUGCCUAAGUUGCAAUCAUCACUGGAGACAGCUUCGUAUCCAUGGCGUCCCUUCCAAUCUGGUGUCUAACAGGGGCACAAUUCACGUCUCAGCUAUGGACGGCAUUCUGCGGAGCCAUGGUAGCUUCAGCAAGUUUGUCCACAGGGUACCACCCACAGUUCAAUUGGCUGACUGAGCAGCCUUACUCGGACCUGGAGGUCCCAAUUCCUUGCGUGUGUCAGCAGCAUUCCUCAUCCUGGUCUCUCCACCUUCCCUGGGUGGAAUACACCCACAAAACCCUCAUCUGCUUGGCUACUGGAAUGUCCCCAUUCAAGACUGCUUACAGGUAUCAAUCUCCAGUUUUUCCUUCCUAGGAAUCUGACCUCUCCAUACUAUAAGUACUUCACCUCGGGCGAGCUCUGCGGAUCUGGUGGGACAUCCGAACUGCGCUUUCCCACACUGCAGGCUGUAAUCGUCAGUGGUGUGUCAUCACCAACAUCCCUCUGUCUUAAUGGCCUGGCCAGGAGGUGUGACUUUUCUUGAGAGAUCUUUAUCUUAUGGGGGUGUCAAGGAAAAUGGGUCCUCGCUUCAUUGGUCCAUUUGUAACUCUGUUGUUAACCCAGUUGCCAUGAAACUCAAGCUCCUGCCAUCAUUGAAGUUCCAUUCUGUGUUCAAAGUAUCUCUGCUCAAGCCUGUCUGCACUAGCCCACUCAUCCCUCCGGUAGUGCAUCCUCCUCCUCCGCCCCACCCACUCAAUGACGAACCAGUCUCCACAGUGAGGUACAUUUUAGACGACUGAGGAAGGGGUAGGGAGGUCGACUGGGAGAGCUAUGGUCCAGAGAAGUGGCAAUGGGUUCCUCGCUCCUGGAUCCUGGAUUUGUCUAUCCUCUGUGAGUUUCAUGCUACUCACCCAUCCAAACCAGGUGGUCCGCCAGGUCUUGCCAGGGUCAUUGGUGGGUGGAGCCACUGAGCCCCACCUGCAUGCAAUCAGCCUUGAUUUGUAUUUAGGUGUGUCUGCAGUGGAAGGAAGGUGUUGGAGUAUUGUCCUGCAUGCCAUUUUGUUGAUUGACGCAACUCUUGUUCCCAUUGGAUUUCAUCUCAUCAGGACUUCUGUGAAUUUUGUGUUUCCUUUUUCUAGUGAUGAUAUUUCUCAUGAAGACCAUUUGUUAUCGUAGCUUUAUUGUUUCCUGUCAUCAUAGUUAUUCACACUCAUGUCAUCUUUGUAUCCUCGUUUUAGUUUUUACCAACGACCGUUUGUCAUCAUUGUUUUCUGUUUCGCAGUAAUUAUUGUUGUGCCUCCAUAUUUGAAUAAGACUGUGCAACUAUUGCAAACCUUCUUCCAUCUGCUUGGUGGUCCAUUCUCCGGCCGUAUGCCGACCAUAACACGUUUAAAUGGAGUUCUGAAGGGGCGCUUUGCGUGCCUCAAUUACUUGUGUGUGGAACCCCCAAGGAGUGGGCAACAUAAUACUAGCUGGUAUUGUCCUGCACAGUAUUGCUACAAAGCGGAAUGUCCCUCCCUCUGAUGAGGUCGAUGAUGCACCUGAGCCAUCUGAAAAUAAAUAAAUAUUGUACCGCUGACUUUCUCUCUGAAAGAAAGAUUGACUAAAAAUGCAGUAAGGGGUGUCAUUAUCUGAAACUAUUUUUGUACAAUGAUUUUUGGGUGUGUCUGUAAAUAUUAAGUUUUCAAUUUAAAUUAGAAUUGAAUACUUUAUUGUUUCAUUUUUACUGCUUUGAGAGGAUUAUUUUAUUUCUACAUUUUCAUGGUCUGUGAAUUUAUAAUUUCAAUUGUAUGGUUUGAAAAUAAGUUUUUUAAAAAAGCAAUACAUAAAUGGAUAGCUACUGCUUAAUAUGGCCCACAGUCAUUUGCUGCUUGUUUCUGGGAAAUGAUAGCUUCAGUUUUGUCUUCAACAACUAAAAAAGUGUGCUCAAUUGGCUUGAGAUCAGGUGGCUGACCUUGACACUGAAGAAUAUUUAAUUCAAUAUUUAAGUCUUGAGUUAACCCGUCAACCUGUUUCAGAAUAAUGGCAAGAGAAAAGUAUGGCGAAGACAAAAGUAUAGCGAAGGAACAGUUCAUGAUCCAAAGUAUACUAAAGUAUAUCAUGCGUCAAGCAGACCAGUGUUAUGCAUGACUUGGGCAUGUAUGGCUGCUAAUGGAACCGUCUCACUGGUGUUUUUUGAUCCGGUUGUCAUUGGAAAGUAUAUUUCAGUAUACUUUGGUUCUUGUGUUUGUGUGCUACAUUUUGUGUCAUACACCCAGCAGGGAAUGACUGAGGGCUGAACUUGGAGAUGCCGAAAAGACGAAACAUUGUUGCCAUUUUAUUGAUCCUAUUGCCUUGGAUCUUACUCAUCUAUGUUUGGGACGACAGCACCAGCCCCCCAUUUCUUGCAAGACUUAAGGGACACAGAGGCAGUCCAAGCUCCAGCAAUACCUUUGCUAACAAAGAGUCCCGCUCACAGAACAUAUUCGAGGUGGUGCGUUCUAAGGAUGUGUAUGCCAAGCCACUACCCAAUUCUGACAUCCUGCCAACCGUCCAUGUCAUCACCCCUACCUACCGGCGGGCGAUGCAGAAGGCUGACCUCACUCGUCUAGCCAACACUUUGCUCCAUGUGGCCAACCUGCACUGGAUCGUGGUGGAGGACUCGCAAAAGAGGACGGCUCUGGUUAGUCGUCUCCUCCAUGAGACGGAACUCAAUUACACGCACCUAAACGUGAAGACGCCUCAGAACUUCAUUACGUAUGGUCGCCCAGAUCCUAAAUUCCCAAGGGGGACCUUACAAAGAAAUCUGGCUUUGCGGUGGCUUCGAGAGACCUUCAAUGUAUACAAAACCCAGCCAGGCAUCGUCUACUUUGCAGAUGAUGACAACGCUUACAGCCUGAAAGUAUUUGAGGAGAUGCGAUCUACCAGAAAGGUCUCUGUGUGGCCCGUUGCAUUUGUUGGGGGCCUUCGCUACGAGUCCCCCAAGGUAAACAGCUUGGGAAAGGUGUAUGGCUGGAAGGUUGUAUAUGACCCACAUCGACCCUUCGCCAUUGACAUGGCUGGCUUUGCAAUAAACCUGCACCUCAUCCUGUCAAAGCCUCAGGCAUAUUUCAAGCUAGAUGCGAAGGGAGGUUACCAGGAGAGCAGUUUGUUAAAGGAGCUUGUCACCCUCAACGAUCUGGAGCCUAAAGCAGAAAACUGCACUAAGAUAUUAGUGUGGCACACUCGUACAGAAAGGCCUUUACUGGUAAAUGAAGGAAAGAAAGGAUUUACAGACUCAAAUGUGGAGAUAUGACAUCCGCUACCCAAAACAGAUGAGAUGGCAGAUGGUCUCCUGGGGCAUCUCCUCCAAGACCUCACUUAGCUCCUGGACACUCUGCGAUGUGAUGUAACGGUGGAUUUAACGGUCCAUGAUGUGCCAGAGGUGCUCGAUGGAUUCAGAUCAGAAGAAU